AUGAGCGGUUUAGAGGUUGAAAAUUCGUCGAGCAAACAUGCCGGUGCUGCUGUCGAGGCUGAUUCGCAAUCCUUUCCUUCAGGGUUCGUAGAUUUGAAAAGCGAGUCUGCCGUUGGCCACCGCGUCCAUGCUGUGCGAUCUGUCCUGGCUCUGGUCCUCGAUGAAGAAUGUGUCUUUGCGGGGUUACAGGGCGGCGACAUAGUGGCUUGGUCUCUGGACACAUACGACCUGGUGCUGUCAGUAAAAGCCCAUGAAGAAAGUGUCCUUGGGCUGUACCUCUCGGAGGAUGGGGCGCUUCUCUUUUCCAGUGGCGGAGACUCCGUUGUCAAUGUCUGGUCUACGAGCACGUUCGAACUAUUGUAUUCGAUAUAUUCCCAUCACGAUGUUGGUGAUUUAUUCACCGUUGUGUAUUCCUCAGAGUUGAAAACCGUCUACUGUGGCGGACAGAACACCAGUCUCCAGUGGUUCAAUCUUCUUCGAGAUGCAAACCAUCCCACCAACCCUUCUCACAGAGCGCACAAAUUUUUUGACUCUCGAGGCCCUGGCGAAAUCCGCCCUCGCGCCCGUGAAAAUGCUCAGGCGCGAGACGCAUUCUACGAUGGUCAAACGCUCACAUUUAAAAGAGACCAGCAUAGACUAUUUGCUCAUAACGGCUAUGUUUACUGUAUGGCUCUUGUCCGUGGGUUACUCGAGUGUAAACCCGGGAGAGAGGUCCUUCUCACUGGCUCUGGCGAUGGCUCUGUGAAAGUAUGGGAGCUUGGUCUUGGGGCUGACAUUGCGCCGACUGAAAUUCUUUCUUUACAAAAUGGCAACGAAUCUGUGCUAUCAAUCGCAAUAGAUGGGCCUUUCUUGUAUUGCGGGCUCUCUGGCGGAGCGAUCAACGUAUGGAACUUGGAUUCCCGUCAAAUAAUUAAAACGAUUACCGACCAUGCUGGUGAUAUCUGGGCAAUUGAUAUCAAAAAGGGAGUCAUUAUCAGUGGUGACGCAGAUGGUGUCGUUAAGAAAUUCAAUUCUCGGUUUGAGGAGAUUACAUCGUGGACUGCCCACAAUGGCACCUUGCUCGCUUCUGCUGCUGGACUUGUUGGAGAUCGAUGGAUUUAUGCCACAGGAGGAAAUGAUAACUCUGUAGCCAUCUGGGAUUUGACAGAACACAGCACAGAUUCUCAUGAGAUCCCAGCCAUUAGCAAUGACGAGUUGGUUAAUAGUUUAGCACAAUUUGUUGGGUUCAAGACCAUUUCAGCUCGACCUAAGUUCUCUGGAGAAUGCAAUCAAGGCGCUGCCUUCUUACGUCGGCACUGCAUAUAUUUAGGUGCACAGACGCAUAUUGUCACUACAGGUCAGAAGACAAAUCCUAUUGUACUGGCAAAAUUUCCCGCGGUCUCUACCCUUUCUUCUGACAAAACGAUUCUGUUUUAUGGCCAUUAUGACGUUGUUGGCGCGGAAUCAAACCAGGCUAAGUGGAAUACUGAUCCAUUCCAGCUAACAUCGCUCAAUGGUUUUCUUUAUGGAAGAGGCGUAUCGGAUAACAAGGGUCCAAUAUUAGCUGCUCUCUAUGCAGCUGCUGAGUUGAAGCAAAGAAAACAGCUUUCCUGCAACGUGGUGUUCUUGAUUGAGGGUGAAGAGGAGUCUGGGUCUCAAGGGUUUGCCGAAACAAUACAGGAAAACAAGGCCCUUAUCGGGCCGGUCGACUGGAUACUCCUGGCAAACAGUUAUUGGCUCGAUGAUCAUAUACCCUGUCUAACGUAUGGGCUGAGGGGCGUCAUCCAUGCGAAUCUAAUUAUUACCAGUAGCCAUCCAGACCUCCAUAGUGGUAUCGAUGGCAGCUCGUUACUCGACGAGCCUUUGAAAGACUUGACUCUGCUGCUAGGUACAUUAGUUGGGCCGAAAGGCAAAAUCAAUAUACCUGGAUUUCAUGACUUAGUCUUGCCUCUCACGCCAGUUGAGAAACAGCGCUACGAUGCAAUCGCAGAGGCACUUCUGCCGCAUCACCCUGAAAUUGAAGAUGUUGCCGCAUUCACUGAUUCACUGAUGCAUCGCUGGCGCGAACCGUCUCUUACCAUCCAUGCUGUGGAAAUUCCUGGCUGCAGAAACUCCUCGACCACAAUAUCACGCAAGGCGAAGGCCACGUUGUCCCUACGGCUCGUGCCAAAUCAAGACGCAGACAAAGUUGCAGAAGAUUUGAUCAACUACGCACAAUCGCAAUUUGCUGAACUUGAUUCAGAAAACACACUCACUGUGGAAAUCACCGGAAAGGCGGAUCCCUGGCUCGGCGAUCCAGACAACGAACUCUUUGGGACACUUUCUCGCGCUGUAACAGAUGUGUGGUCAGCAAGUAAAGAGAGCAGGAAACACGAUAAUUACCCCAUCCCUGUCUCUCUUAGACGCCUGUCAAAUGGCCUUUCUCGAACCACUUCUUCCGACAGCCUCGCCUCGUCGUCCAAUAUCGAGCGCAUUCUCGCAUCUUCCUCCUCUGCCCCAAAAGCCAAAGCAAGCCAGCUGAAGAAAUCAUCCUAUUAUUUAUCCCAAAUACCCACAUCCUCAACACUGACAAUCGAACUGGGCGACAAGAAUCAUGAUCACCAAGAGAGCUCUGAGCUAAAUAACGAGGCGUCCUCCGCAAAGCGUAUCAAGCCAAUUUACAUUCGUGAGGGUGGCUCUAUUCCCACAAUUCGAUUCUUAGAGAAGGAGUUCAAUGCUCCAGCCGCGCAUCUGCCUUGUGGACAGGCAAGUGAUAAUGCACAUUUGAGCAAUGAACGGCUAAGGGUGGAGAAUCUGUAUCGAAGCAGGGAAAUUUUCAAGAGGGCGUUCAGAGAUCUGGGCGGUGUGUCCACAAACGAGUAG